UUUAUUUUCUCAGGAUUUUGGAUUUCACAUCCACUUUUCAAAGGAGGUGGAUUUUCAUCACAUGCAGCAAAGCCUCACCCACAUAAGUUUGGACCCAUGCAGUAAACAAGUUAGUUGAUUGGUUUUGCUUUAUAUACUGUGAUUUAAUAAGAAAAACAUCAACGUAAGCCAGUCCGAGCAGUGUUGGUGGUACCAAUGCCAUGCUUUCCAUUGGUUCCUGUUUACAUGAUGCCCACAGGAUGCGCAGUGAUUGGUGGUGCUCCACACGUGACCAGGCAACUUUGUACAUUUGACAGGGAGUAGGAGGGUUUUGUGGAGAUCAGAAAAACGACAGCGCGAUAAAAAUUAGUAUUGUUGCACUUCACAAAUUAAUGACCAUGAGUUCCUACUUGAUAAACUCCAACUAUAUCGAGCCUUCCUUUCCUCCAUGCGACGAAUACCAGCAGAGCGGAUACAUCCCCAACCCUGGUGAUUACUACGAGCGGCCAAAAGACACGGGCUUCCCCCACCACGACGAGCAGACCUACCCGAGGUCAAACUACACAGACACGGGCUACGACUACGGCAACGUCCCCGCCACUGGACUCGAUGAUUUCGGGGAAGGACACCACGCACAGCCGCCACCGGUUCCACAGAGCCACGGUCCUCGGAUCACUGUGGCCCCAGAUGGUGGCGCAGGGGGUAAUACUGCCAGCAAAGACUGCAGCCUCGCCGGGGAGGUGUACCCCGGUGCAGGGAAGGGCAAGGAGCCGGUGGUCUAUCCAUGGAUGAAAAAGGUCCACGUUAACAACGUCAAUCCCAAUUACACUGGAGGAGUGCCCAAGAGGUCCCGCACUGCCUACACCCGCCAGCAGGCUCUGGAGCUGGAGAAAGAGUUCCAUUUCAACCGGUACCUGACCCGUCGCAGGCGGGUGGAGAUCGCACACACCAUGUGUCUGUCAGAGCGCCAGGUCAAGAUCUGGUUUCAGAACCGGAGGAUGAAGUGGAAGAAAGAGCACAAGCUUCCCAACACCAAGAUCCGUUCCUCCAGCUCGGCCUCGUCCUCAUCCUCGGGGGCCCAGCAGCAGCAGAUCAAAACAGGCCAGCAGCUUGUCCCCACGCCGUGCACUGCAGGUCUAUAGUGCCUGAAUGAACCCCAUCCAACAACACAAACCCAAUCCAGACUGAGAUGGCAAAUAUCACAAGUGGAAUUUGAUGGACCGUUUCUCAGUAUUUUACACAUGGUGUUAUCUCUUUCACCUUGCCUCUGCCAUUGGGCCCCUGUCACGUCCUUUGUACCCUUCCUCCUCUCCGGUCGUCCUCGUCCUCUUCAUAUAAGCUUGAAAUUCACCUUUAAUUGCCACGAUGGCAACUGAAGUGUUUAUAUAUUUGUUUAUUAUUAUGAAAGAAGGAUUACGCACUUUCAAAUGUAGGACUUGGAUCAAAAUAUAUCAUUACAGCUAAAAAUUGAGUGGGUUAAAAGUAAGUUUGAACUCAUUUUUCUAUGUUCUCUUUGAAUAUUGUUUUUCUGUUUUUUUUUUGUAUUAUUUCUCAUGGAAAGCUCUAAUAUACUUGAAAGAUAUUUAGCAGACUCUAGAUAGAUGCCUGUUAGAAAACCAGACGGCUGUUUAGAGGUAUGGCAUCAGUCAGAGUAACAGUGUAGUUUGUGUGUUUGAGUCGGUUGGUUUACUGUUGAAUGUAGUCCAUGGUGACUUUCACAUUUAAUGUACAUAGGCAAAUCAUAAUGAAGGCACAAUAAGAGAAGCAUUUCGUCACGUAGAAAUAUGUAUGUUGGUAUUGUAAGGUCUAGGUUUAUUUGUGCUAUAGUCCGUUCCAUGUUGUGCUGUGCUCUAAACUGUGAAUAUUUGUAUGUGUUGUCUCAGUAAUGACCUUUGUGAUGUAGGCUAGUGUAGGCUCAGUCUGUCCCUGUGAAAUAAAUAUGU